AUGAAUGCCACAGAGGAGAUCGCCUACAAGGCUGCGGUCCAGGCUGCAGUCCAGGAUGAUAGCCGCAGCAAUGCCAUUCUCAUUGUCACCGCGGUCUUUCUCGGAAUUUCCCUCAGCAGUGUCCUUCUCCGAUGCUUUGUACGAACCCGCAUCGUACGGGCCUUUGGAUGGGAUGAUAUCAUCAUGCUAUCAGCCAUGGCAUUGAAUAUGGCCUUUGCGAUUUGCGGUAUUAUAGGCGCCAAGUAUGGCAUUGGUCGGAAAUUGCUGUAUUUUGUCGAGUAUCCGGACAAUCUAGAACACGCGCUAUUGGCAGAGAAGCUAAUUCCAAUUGCGCCUGUCCAGUGCUGGUGGCUAGGCCAAAUUUUCUACGUGAUCACUUGCGUCCUCGCCAAAGUCUCGAUUAUCAUCACCUUGUUGCGCAUUACGGUUGAUCGCCUGCAUGCCUGGAUUCUUUAUUCGGCUAUUACCCUCUCCACCGCGGUCGGUCUGGUUUUCUUGCUCUUCACCAUUUUCCAGUGCAAUCCGGUGCCAUACUUCUGGCACCAGGGAUCGACCACGAGCCAUGGGUCCUGUGUCAACAAGGACACUCUCAUUGCAAUCGCGUACCUCUACAGUGUCGGUGCGGCCGUCACCGAUCUGACCAUUGGUCUCCUUCCAGUGGCGUUGAUUUGGAACUUGCGCAUGAAUCAGCGGACUAAGAGUGCCAUUAUUAUCAUUUUGGGUAUUGGUUGCAUUGCGAGUGCUGCGGUUAUUGUUCGCAUUCCCUUUGUCCACCACUACAAAGACACCGAAUUUUUAUAUAACACAUACCAGAUCUCCAUCUGGUCCAACGUCGAGGCAGGUCUCGGCAUCACUGCUGGCUGUCUGACGACUCUGCGACCACUCAUCCGCUUCCUCCGCGACGGCUCCUCCGCCUCGCGCAGCCGCAAUCGCACCCCCGGAUCUUUUCCCUUAUCUAGCAAUGUGGCGCAGGGAUACCGGUCAUCACGUUCCAAGCAUGGGCGGGACGACUCGCACCAGCUAUGGACGGGCAGCGAGAAUGACGAGUAUCAUGGCGUGACAACAACCAUUAUGGGUAGCCAGCGGCCGAAUCCAACCAGUAGCAGUGAAGAGGAUCUCAACCCGACAAACCAGCAACGUCCGACAGGGUGGAAGGUCGAACGGUCCGUUCGGGUGUCCGUGCGCGACGAUUCAUGA